AAUGGUGAACUUGAAGUCAACCGUGACGAUGCCCGUAGUCCAGGUUGCCGCGCCUGCAGUCCUUGCUGAUGCUCUGAGUAACUUCUCCAAGGCCGCUAACAUUGCGCUAGCAGCGGUCGAAGACCAUGCCCGAAAGCAGGUCGAUCAGGCGAACGUUGGACUCGAAGAAGCGCGCCGAGAACGCGACGAAGCCAUCGAGGAACUACGUGCUAUUCAAAGGAGGGAAGUUGAUUGGGAAUCAAACGCGAAGUCGUCAGGACUGACAAUCAAACAUCAAGCCGAAAGUAUUGCCCGACUUACGGAGGAGGCUCAACUGUGGAAGAACCAGCUCCUCCGACUUGAGGAGACCUUUCGACGAGAAAUUCAAGACUGGAAAGAACAGUAUUUGCGUGCAGAACAAGAGAGGUCUCGAUUGUCAGCCAGAAUUGAAGAAUUGGUCUCAGAACAGUUACUGAAUCGUCCUCAUUCGUCCAAGGACAAAUUACUAGAAAUCAUCGACCCUUCCUCUUCUACCUUGAAGAGAUCUAGUACUACUUCGGCUCUGGCCCUAUCACAGGCACCUCUUGACGACACAGAAAUAGCAAACGUCUCAAGGAAGUCUCAACCUCGCUCUACGAAGCCAGCUAAUGGCAUUUUGGACAAUGGUGUUAGUCAUUUACACCCGCGGACUCCAGUUUCGAACGCUGUCGCCUCCUCAUCACGUACACCAAAACAGCGACAUGCAACAGAACCUUCGAGUUCGACUUUAUACCAAGACGACUUAACUCCAUCACGGCAAUCCUCUACCUCAAGACGUUCAGUAGUCUCAUCACGCGUGAUACGACGUGUACAUGCCGUUGUCGAAGUACCCAUUAAGGAAGAAGACGAUGCCGACAAUACUGCUUACCUUUCCGAAGGAGCCCGUUCUGUUGGCCAGGUUCACAAUUCAAACAUCAGCACUGCUCCUACCACUGCCAGGAGGAAAAGCGUCACUGGCACAGCUGCAAAUGGUCGACAAACGAACUCAGCGACGACGCCCAAAGCGAGACGGAAGUCAACGUCACAGCCCAAAGGGAAACAACCUGCACGGUACACUGUUGACGAAUCCUCCGCUUCCGAAGACAACGAUGAAGAUGAAGAUGACGAUGGUUCAGAAUACGAACCACUGCCUGUGCAGAGUCGUUCUGGGCUUGUCGCUGCUGACGAUGAAGACGAUGACCUCCUCUUGGGUUCACAGGAACAAGGUGCACCACCACCACCACCACAACGGUCACGAGCUAUAGGGAACACGAAGAAACGGAAGCUAGAUGAUGCAGGUGGUACCUCCCGAGGAACUGCUAAAGUCGCACGCAAGAAGCAUUGACUUCUGUUUUUGGGACGAGUUCGGUUUGCUGCACAUCUCACUAAGUUGUUGACUGUACUUUUGUUUACCAGAGGAAUUCCACGCUAUCUCACACGCUUCCGAUUAGUCCUUCGGGAGUUAUUGCUCGAAUCCCAAUAGUAC